GAUGUGGGACAGGCUGUCGUCAUGGUGACAGGGUAAACAGAUGAUAACAAGCACUUCGGAAAGCCGCAGAGGGCCAGAGGAGAGACGGAGACAGACGCAGGAGGACGGACAGGUAGUUGCGCUGCAGGUUUUGAAACAUCUGGAGGCAGUUCAGUUCAGCAGAUAUCAUCUCAUCAUGGCAGAAAGUGCGGACGUGGAGCAGCUCCUUACGGCCUUCAGGAAGUUCUCUGUUUACGGAGACCCAAAGGCAACCGGAAAGGAGCUGACUGGGAAGACCUGGGUAAAGCUGUGCAAAGACUGCAAGAUCAUCGACGGCAAGAACGUCACCAGUACGGAUGUGGACAUUGUCUUCUCUAAAGUCAAACAGAGGACGGCUCGGGUCAUCACCUAUGAGGAGUUCCAGCGAGCUCUGGAAGAACUUGCUCCAAAGAGGUUUAAAGGUCAAGCUAAAGAGGAGGCGCUGCAGUCCAUUUACAAGCUUGUGGAGGGUCAAGAACCAACCAGUGUUGGAGUGACGAAAGUGGCAAAGACAGCCGCAGUGGACCGUCUGACCGACCCGUCCCGUUACACAGGAUCCCACAAGGAGCGCUUUGAUGACAGCGGCCGGGGAAAAGGCCGUGAAGGCCGGGAGGAGAUCGUAGAGAACACGGGCUACGUAAACGCGUACAAGAACGCUGGAACGUAUGACAGCAAAGUAAAGCCUGAGAAG